AUGGUGGCCACAGGCUCGCUCUGGGCGCGACUGAGGAGCGGGGCCGCCGGGCAGACGGGCAGCCGGCCGAGCACGGCGCGGACGGCGGCGCUGCAGCUGCUCGGCUUCGUGACGUGGAUCCCCGUCAUCGCGUGGUUCAACCUGCACGUCGCGGAGCUGACGCUCGUCGACGGGCCGUCCAUGUACCCGUUCAUGAACGAGGACCGGGACUCGACGCUGCGGAGGGACGUGAUCCUCAACUACAAGUGGGCGCCGCAGGAGGGGCUGGAGCGCGGCAUGAUUGUGACUCCGAUGCAUCCCGAGACGGUGGCGGUCAAGAGGGUCGUGGCCGUCGAGGGCGACGUGGUGCGCACCAAGGCGCCGUACCCGGUCCCGACGGUGAGGAUACCGCAGGGCCACGUGUGGGUCGAGGGCGACGGCCCGCCGGGCUCGAGCCUCGACAGCAACACGUACGGGCCCGUGUCGAAGCGGCUCCUCACGGGGAGGGUCACGCACAUUGUGUACCCGUUCCGCAAGUUUGGGCCCGUGAGGUGGUGGGAGCACGAGAGGCGGCCGCUGGUGGAGUGA